UUUUUGGAAUUAAAUAAAUAUAUAAAACAAUGAUUAUCAGUUUUCCAAAAUUUUAAAACUUUUUUAUAAUUUUAGAAAAAGAAAUUUUUUAUUUCCCGUGAAAAAUUAAUAAAAAUAGACGAACUAAAUGUUUUUUCAAAAUUUUUAUUUUUCUUGAAUUUUUUUUUCAGAAAACCGCCAAUAACUUAUAGUUUAAUAUGUAUUAUUUUUAUGUAUUAACUUUUUCCUUAUGAUCUUAUAAUCGGGUUCGAUUUUUCGAUUAAUAUCUUAUAAAAGGAAAAACGGUGAUCUCGAAAUUUUAAACGAUUUACUAAUAUUUUUUUAUAUAAAUAAAUCGUAAUUUAAUAAAAUAGUGACAAAGGACAUUUUAGGCUUUUUAGGUACGAGGGGAGGGAGUAUGAAAAGUUUUGAAAGCGAAUUGCACGCUCUUACUCUGCGCGUCUCUAUAUGCAAUGGUUGGACACGCAUCAAGUGGCGAGCCAGCAAAGGGUCUUUUUUGGGUUUGGGUGGCCACUCGACCCGCAAGCACGUGUCUAUUUUGAGUAAAGUGGUGGGGUGGAGGUGUUGUAGACGAGAGGGUGAAGCGCGUGAGUUGUGGGGGGUGAUUGCUGUCAAAGUCUCUCAUCAUUCGAUGUCUACUCCAAACGAUGCUUCCGGUUUCUCAUCCAACAACAACUCCUUCAAAAACAACUUCUCACUAUUGAACAUCUGCUCGAGGGUAAUUUUUGUUGCCACCAAUUAUAACGUUUGGAUGCAAAACAUCAAAAUGGCUCUACGUUUCGAGGAAAAGGAGUAUGUGCUCGAAAAAGAACUUCUCAAGAUUGAUGAAACCAAAGAUAUUGCUGCAAAAAUAGUUGACUAUAGGAAACACUAUAAUGAUGCAACAAAAGUUGCUUGCAUCAUGGUGACGACUAUGACUCCUGAGCUAUAAAGGUUCUACGAGGAUUACUGGUCAUACAAGAUGAACGAGGACUUGAUGGAAAAGUACCAUCAACAACCUCGUCAAGAGAAGUAUGAGGUAGUAAAGUCCCUUAUGAAAGAUGGAGAGUCCGUCAGUAGCUACGUACAAAGAACGCCACAAAGUGUGGAGCGCUUGCUAAAGCUUAAUGUGAACUUUGAUGAGUAAUUUGCUAUUAAUAUAGUCUUGCACUCAUUUCCCAGUUGUUAUGAUCAGUUGAACAACUAAGAGACCACAUUGGAUCAACUUCAGAACCUCCUGCGAAUUGUUGAAUCAGGAAUGAAGGGAAAAGGUGUUGCCUCCAUUCCUGUUGCUGCUCCGGUCUUGGCCAUUGGACAAGGAAAAGGGAAGAAUAUGAAAGGUCCUCCUUAGCAGAAUUGGAAGGGAAAGUCCCAAGUCGGGUCAUUAAGCAAUGGAACCAAAUGAAAAGCUAGUUCUGGUGCUCCCCCUGCCUCCGAUCCCAAAGAGGUUACUUGCUUCUACUGCUACGAGAAAAGGGCAUUGGAAACAAAGUUGCCUGAAGUACUUGUAAGAUACUAAGGAUGGCAAGGUGAAGCCAACCUCGACAUGUAUUUACACUAUCCUAUCUAAUAACUCAUUGUAUUCUCAUUCUUGGUUCCUGUGACAUCCCUAAAAUCUCGGCCAGAAAAGACCGAUUUUCAUUUAUGCUUGUAAAUAAUUUCAGAGUAAAUCCUUUUGAUUUGAAAGAGUUGCGGAAUUUGUUCCCAAAACAAAACAUGAUAAAAUAAUAUUUAUCAAAGCAUUUCAUCAAGAGAUGCAUAUUCAUUAUAUAAUCAAAACUCGGGAUGUCAUGUUCCGAUACAGACCAUAAAGCAUAAACGAUAACAUUACAAGUCAUUCAACAAAUAUAUACAUAUACAGACUUGUAAACAAAACAACAAGAUGAUCCAUCCAUCUUACGCCCUUGUGCCACUUCCUGUAAUACAAAUAAAACUGAGUGGGUCAGGCUUGGGAGCCUGGUGAGCAUAUAGCGUUUUCAACCCACAAUAAAUAAGUUAUAUUUAAUUUCACCAACCAACCACUAUCCCGAUUACCCAUUCCCGUUAUCCUCACUUUACGUCCCUAAAACAACAUCUAUCUCAAGGGACCUAAUCUAGGAUUUUCAU